UAGUCGCGAAGCAAGGGCGAAGAUUUCCAAGACGACGCGGUCAUGGUCGACCGGCCCGCGCCAGAGAUCUUCUCCGGUCCCGACGAUAUGGCCUUUGUCGAGACACCACGCGAACGACGGUUGAAGCGAUCGAGCACCGUGCCGAGAAAGCCGGAAGGUGGUGGUGGUGGUGGUGGUGGCCUCAUGGGUCUUUUUGGCUCUCUUCGGAAGAAUACCCGUCCAGAAAUGCCUGAACGCCGCAAGUCUCGCUCGCAUCGAGAUGACGAGGUCAGGUACGCGACUGAGACCGAGCGCGAAGAUGUGCGUCGUCCCCGCCGCGAUGACCGGCGGAGACGAUCCGUGCGACCAGACACCGACGUGGAAGGCUUCGUGACCGAUGCAGCUCCGGACUAUCCGGGGUUCAAUACAGAACCCGAAGACGCCGAGGCCAGGAAAGCGGCGCGUCGGGCGAAACGAGCUUCCCGACAUGGUCCGCAUGACCUGCCUCGGGAGGGCGAGGUUCGUGGUAUAGACCAGGAAGAAGAGGAACGGCAACAAAGGCGACGGGAGAAAAUGAAGGCCCGCGAAGCAUAUGAGAGACGAGUCCGAGAGGAUGAAGAGCGAGAAGCUCGACGCCGAGAAGAGAGGAGAGCGGCUCGCCAGGCAGCUUACGAAGAGCGCCGAGCUCGAGAGGAGCAGGAGGCCCGAGAGGCCGAGACCCGCGCUGAGGCCAAGGCGGCAGAACGGCGCGAGCAGCGCCGACGGAUGCGAGAAGAGGAGAGACGCGAUCAGCAGUCUUCUUCUCGCUAUGCGCCGCCUCCUUCCUCGCGGCGCCGUCCUUCCCGCACCGAGGAAAGAGUCAUGGUGGGAAUGCCUCCGGUUGAAGCAUACGAGGCCGAGCGUGAACGCCGUGCCCGCCGUUCCUACGCCGAGGAAAGCGGGCGGACCAGACGCCGCAAAUCAAGAGCACCCCCAGGCGAGCCGCUGGUGGGCUACCCCAUGAUGACUGGUGCGAAAAACAAGACCUCGUCAUGGGUGCACUCCCAAGCCGAUGACCCCCCCGAACCUCCCCCAAUUGUGCCUACCGUCGUGGACAACCCUCUUGCGGACGAGGUGGUCCAGGGCCACACACUUUCUUCGGAUGAAGAAGCCCGGCGGGAGAUGCGGCGGCGAGCCCGCCGUCGAUCCAAAUACCCUGGGAUGACAGACGAGGAGAUUGACGAGUUGCGUGCACGCCGGCGGGAUGCACGCCGCGCAGAGGAACGUGGAGGGAUUAAGAGCAGUUCGGGCAGUGGUGAUUACGAGCGAGACCGUGGCUUGAAGCGCAACGACCGUAAUGAUCGCGAUGAUCGUUACGACCGGUACGACCGCUAUGACCGAUAUGACGAUCGUUAUGCACCACUGCCUAGCUCGGCGAUUAAACGGCCGAGUUGGCUGAAGAAGCUGACGAGUUUCUAAUUUCUGAAGAUGCAUCAACCAGGGCGAGAUGGCGUAUGGGGGGAGUUUAUGACUUAUGUUAGGAUAUGAUAUGCGAUGAUUCCGAUUAUAUGACUGCAAGAAAUACUCUACU